UAUUAAAAGUAGCGUAAUAGUUUCGGGUGAAGUGAGAAUUUGUGUGACGGUGUUAUUAACCCAUUCAAGCAUUGGACGUUGGACGAUAAUGAUUUGUAAUUGUAUGAUCUAAACUCGUUCAUGCACUGAAAGGUGCGAUUGGGAGAGUUUGUUUCUAUCAUGGGUAAUGACGGGCAAGAGAUACUAACCGAAUAUGUAUACACCUGUCCAAACUGUGAAGCCUGGUUCUGCUCAAAUAAAGAUUUAAACCAGCAUGAAAAGGAGCAGCAUGCCAAGCUUCAGAAACUGCAGUGCGACCAGUGCGACUUCCGAGGAACGAAACUGGCGCUGGGGGUGCACCGUGCAAGAAAACACAAAGAUCGCUUUAAUGAUGAACAGAAGCUGCAGUGCGACAAGUGUGAAUACCGGGGAGAGAAACUGGCGCUGCGGGUUCACCGUUCAAAAACACAUCGAGACAGUGCUCGUAAUAAGCAGAUAUGCAAGGAGGUUUCGGACGGGGAGCCUUGCACGGAAACCUUCUGGUCGGUGAUCGGUCUCAGAGAGCAUCUCGCCAAACGGCAUGGAAUUGAUGCGGCGACCCACUCGCUGACAGAGGAGUUUAGUUCCGUGGAUGAAUUUCAGGCUUGGAAGGCCCAGUACGAGGCAGCCAAUGGGGUGGUGUACAACAUCGCCUCCAGCCGACCCCGGAGCGGUACAACGGCCCGCUACUUGUGCUCCCGGUCCGGCGUGUACGCACCGGCAGGAACCGGGAAGAGACGGCUCAAGUCGCAGGGCACGUGCAAGCUGGGCUGCCGCUGCACGUCGGACGUCGUGGCGACUACCCGGGAGGACGGCACGGUGCUUGUGAAGGUGCAUCCGUUCCAUUACGGUCACCCCACCGACAUGAGUAACAUACCGCAUGUCAGGAUCCCCGAACUACAUAAAGCUGCCAUAAAAGAAAAGCUGCUGAAUGAUGUGCCAAUGUCGCGGAUUAUUAAGGACGUGCGGGAGACGUUCGGAAGAGACGUGGCGGCAGGCACCAGCGCCAGUCGGACGUACUGGCUGCAGCGGCGGGACUUGCAUAACAUGUGCCGGUCGGUCGGCGUCACGGCGGCGAGCCUUGGGGAGCACCCGCGCGACACCAGGGGCGGCUGCACCCGCAAGACGGCAUUGGGACUUCGGACCUCUGGUGGCAUCUCUACGAAUAUCCAUGUGAAAGCUUUUCAACGGGUCCUUAAAUACCAGCACCUCAACGGAAAGAUGAACAAGAGGGUUGACGAGCGCACCGCAGCUCUUCUCGACAUCGGCACCGACCGCAUGGUCAAGGUGAGCCGCAGGCAAUUGUGGCAAACCCCGAGCCCGGACGGCACAAAGAUCGCCAAGCGGCACACCGCCGCGGCAGCUCUGGUGGCUUCCGGCAGCCCCAGCGCUCUGUCCGUCCCGGGCAGCCUGCCGCCAGUGUGGACGGUGGCCAGCACCGCCACGACGCCAGCCCACACUGUGGAGCUGGAGCAUCGGCGCUGCACCGACCCCGGCUGCGACCGGCGGUGCCGGGAGUGUGGCGUCUGCGCGCAUCAGUUCCGUUGCGAGUGCUCCGACUGGGUGGACCAGAAACUAGUAUGCAAACAUAUCCACUUGGUGUGUCUCCUGGUCCCUGAGAUGGUCGCUCAGCUGGGGCAACAGGACAGCUGUCCUCAGAGUCCGGACAUCCGUCUUCCUGACACACCAGACUCGCCGCCGCCGGCCAUCGAGCAACCAGACAGCCUCAGUGCGUACCAGCAGCGCGUUCUGGCGAAGUACGCUGAACAGUCCGCGCGCGUGACCUCCACCACGGACGACGUGCUGAGGCAGGUGGAUGCCAAGCUGCGGGAGGUGGACCGGCUGCUGGCCAUUGGCGCUACCCCGGUCGGAAAGACCACCAGCGGACCGGUGCGGGUAAAAGUCAGACAAAGCACACCGGGAUCAGGCGGCGGUCCGCCUUCAGUCCUCACGCCCGAGACUCGCAAGGUCACAGUCCUCCCAAGGCACAGCAGCUGGCGCGGCAAUCAGGGUCAUGUGACUUCGCUUUGUGAUGAGGACGUCGGCCCGAAGCGGGUCCUCCGCGCCCAUGAGGGCAUGCUGACCUGGCAGGCAGCCGGUGAUGAAUGGUAGCUGUUGGCGGGUCCAUUGUAUCCGGAUACUGGUACCACCUACCGUAAUAUAAUGGAGGCAGAC